AUGAAAUUUGGGGCGAAGCUGCGCAGCUAUGCGGUUCCCGAGUGGCAGCAGCACUAUGUAGACUAUCAAUGUCUCAAGGCUCUUUUGAAGCAGCAAAGGAAAAAGAUAGAGACCUCCAACUCCCCAGGAUACCUCUCCAAACUGCUGCCUGCCAGUUGGCAGUUAACUCCUGAAAAGGGUUCAAGUGGUGGGGACGGCAUAGGUCUUCCUCUCUCUGCUGGAGUGAAGGCCCCAGAUGCCAGGGCAGUGCUGUUGGCAACUACGCAUGCGAAGCCGUCGCAACAUCGACACCAGCAGCCAGGUUUUGCUUCUUUCAAGGAGCCACUUCUGCAGAAUGAGCGCCAGCCGCAACAGGAGGAGCAGGUGCAGCAGCCACAGCUGGAGGCGGAGCACCGCAGUGUCUCCUCAGGCGCUGCUACAGACGAACAGGCUGAGGGCGCCUCCAUGAGAACGGAGACCCUCAGGGCGAAGUGUGUUGCUGCCUUCGGCGCUGCUAUUGAAAAUGAGAAGACGAAAGUUGCGGCUUUCUUUAGAGAGGAGUUGGGGUUUCUAGAAGACAAGCUGAAGGCGGUGGCGGCGGAGCUAAGGGCCCUCAAUGCCGCGCGAAAGCGAAGACAAUCGGCAAGAGGGGGGACGUCUGGAGGCGACAAUCAGGAAACUCUGACGGAGACCACCUCCUCAGCAAUUGCUGUGCCACUUUAUCCAGGCAAUGCUGCUCCUCCUGCUGCUGACAGCACUGAAGAGAAGGCGCUCAGCAGCCAGGAUGCGGCCUAUUUGAGGCGCCUCGAGCGGAUUUUACUGUUGUUGCUAGACACGCUGGAGAAGCUCGAGGUGUACAGACGGCUCAAUCUUCUGGCUUUGUGGAAGGCUUUGAAGAAGAGAGACAAGCAGCUGCAGCUCCCUAAGGGGACAGCAGUGAGAGAUUUCGAAAAGAUAACCACUUUCUUCAACCAACAAAUCCGCAUACCCCCAAAGACAAGACGGGCCGCAAGGACCCUCUACAGGCGGGUGGCUGGGGAGGACUCGGAUUUGUCUUUGGAGGUGUUGCCUCUGCGGACGCAUGAGGGCCUAGGAGGAGCGUACUUCCGUCAGGAGGCAAGGGUCUCCUUUCUUGUUGGCUGUCUGGCGGUGCUGGCGCUGCUGACUGCCGCUCUGCUGCUGCUGCCCAUGCCACCCGCGACUCCUUUCGAUUACGACGGCCUCAUGGCAGUCUUUCCUCUCUUCAGGGGUCCCUUGACGGGUUACCUAUCUAAUGCUGUCGUGAUCGAAGAGUAUAUACUGUCUCCCCCUGUCUUUAAGGACCUUCUGCGCCUCUUUCCCCAUCCUUUGGGGGCCUCCAAUUAUGCGCCGCCUAUCUACGGAGGUGCUCCCUGUUGUUGCAGGCUGGCGUUUGCCUGGUCUUUCGUCUGGUUCGCCACUGCGUCAGCCAUGGCCGUGAUGGAGCACUACGGUGUCAACUACCGCUUUCUGCUGGACCUGGCGCCCAGGGGACAGGCCUCCAGUGUGUCUUUCUUCUAUACAGCUGCUCUUCAAUUUGUCUUGACCAUCGCCACUUGCGCUCUUUACCUCGUUGACUCCAAACUCCGGCUCCUCGGGCACAGCCAGAAUUAUCACCUUUACCCCUUGGGUCUCCUGCUGCUGCAACUGUUGCUGCUUGUGUUUCCCUCCCGCUCCCUUUCUUAUAAGGCGAGGCGACAGGUCUUUGGGGCCUUUUUUGCGGUGUUGAAAGCCGGCGUUUUUGCUGUACGCGACGUGAAGCUCGUUUCCAAUAUCAUAGGGGAUGUCCUGACGUCUCUUGCCAAACCCCUCGGGGACCUGCAAUAUCUCCUUUGCUACUUGAGCAAGGGCAUGGACAACAAUGGCCCGGCGCAGUGUUACGGGGACUCUGUUGUGCGGCCGCUGUUGCUGGGCCUGCCCUUCUACCUCCGACUGUGUCAAUGCUUUAUCAGGUUCAGAUUGUCAGAGCCUGGAGCUGGGCUCAUUCACGUGAUGAACAUGGCCAAAUACGCAUGCGGCAUUCUAGUUCUCAUUACAACCAACGUCCCUUGGUUGGAUUUGGGGGUUAGCGUGUACGCGAUGUGCCUGUUGUGGGUUUUCUCGUAUUGUCUGGGGUCACUCUUCAUGCUGUACUGGGACGUGCGGGUGGACUGGGGCUUAUUGCCGACUCCGGAUCGCUUCAUUCGCAUGCAAGGUCGGCUGAUGUACCCAACGUGGCUGUACGGUGCGAUAGCAGUGACGAACGCAAUGGGUCGCCUCACUUGGGCGAUGACUCUGAUGCCGAUUUCCCUUGUGGGCAACAAGUCGCUAAGCGGCAAUUUGGUGUUGUUGUUCAUAUCUGUCGUUGAAAUCAUGAGACGCGGGGCGUGGGCCGUGCUUCGACUGGAGAACGAGCAUGUCAACAACUCUUCGCGAUUCCGAGCCAUCUUAUGGGUGCCGCCGCUGCAUCAGACGCGCCUCGAAGUGCUUGAAGGUGACCCGCUAAUUCACACAAGUACUCCUGUGACCGUCUCCGGCACCCAUGCGACCCCCUCCUACAGGGCCCCGCCCGCAGGAGACAGUGGCAAACAGUCGCCGUAA